AUGAACGAGAACGAACCUCAUGACCACAAUAAUAUAACCGCAGAUGAUCGACAUCCAAAUUCAACGUCGGAAAAGAAAAAAAAAUCAAGAAAACGAAUAAAAAGACUUGCGAAUCACUGUAAUAGAUCUCGGAUAGUACUUUUCCUACUGUUCGUUGGAAUGAUAGCGGCGGUCGUUUUGAUCGCAAUAUUCUUGAAGAACAAUCCUUCCAUAUUCAUCAGACCACAAUGCAGAGCCUCAUACGGCGCUGCAUCUUUAAACUCCACGUUUAGCACUUUAGGUCAACUGGAAACAGGACUCAAUUAUGACAGCAAUAGUGAAUACCGUAUAGUCAGUCCCUUGGGACUCACGGGAAAGUAUCAAUUCAGCGAACAGGAACUAAAAGAUUUAGGUUACUACAUACCUAAAGACAAUAUUUAUUAUAACAAUGGUAGCGAUAAAAAUUAUUGGUUAGGAACAUUUACCGGGAAGAAUGGAUGCAACAGUUAUCAGGAUUUCUUGGAUAAUAAAUUUGACGUUCAAGAAAUUGCGAUCAGAGAAGAAUUUCAGAUGGACCUGAAAAUUCUGAACAAUUCAUUACCGCCCAAUAAAUCUUUAACCAGCUUUCUGGACAAACCCCUGAGAUUCACCGGCGGCUGCAACAUAAAUCUCGGUGGGGUGAUGGUGGCUAAUGUCACAAUGGCUGGAAUAUUGGCUUCGGCACAUUUGAUCGGAGCCACCGACGUCGCCCGCGCAUUGACAAGUGGCAUUGCACCCUGUGACGUGACGAACACGAGUAUGACGACAUAUUUGACAAGUUUCAACGGUUGUGAUUUUAGCGCCGAGGAUGUUGCCAAAGCCGUUAAUUCAUUUAAUAAUAGCACUGUAUCAGGGAAUUCAUGA